AUGGCUUCGGAGUCAUUAAGCUCGAAGAGUGACCCGAAACCCCCACAGGCAUUUAAGCAGAAAGCCGAUAGGCCUCUGCUCAAACAUGCCGAGGACACGCGGUCACUCGGAUCCACCGCUCUAUUCUUUGCUGUCUUUGUCUUUACUUGGCUCAACUUCAGCUCGCCUAUCUCCGGCGGCCUAGUCUCGUUUAUAGCCUGGUUGUCUCUGUUUCAGCUCUCCUUCAUGGGUGCAGUCUCGACGCACAAUGCCAUCCACGCACCUUUAUUUUGGAGUUCGCAGUGGAACAGCCUCUAUCAACUCUGCUUGUCGCUGCAGUAUGGCUUUCCCGUCACCGUCUUCAUUCCUGGCCAUAACCUGUCCCAUCACAAGCAUCCCCAGCAAGCCAGAGAUUUCAUGCGUACCACCAAGGUUCACUACCGCUGGAAUCUCCUGAAUGGGCUUCUCUUUUUCUGGCACGUUGUGUUGACGGGAGGCGAUGACGAAAAGAUGUACUUCGCUGCUCAGGCUCGUCACAAUCGACCCAUUGUACGGCAACGACGGCUGGAGCAGGUGGCGGUCUUCGGUACCACAGCGGUGCUGCUUCUUCUUGACUGGCGUCGUUGGAUCUGGUUCGCCCUAAUUCCGCAGUUCUACGCAAAGUACUGCAUCUUGUCAUUGAAUUUGCUGCAGCACGAUGGGUGCGAUGUUACUUCCAAGUACAACUUUGCACGUAAUUUUACCGAUCCGCUACUCAACUACCUUUGUUUCAACAACGGUUUUCAUACCAUUCACCAUCUCUAUCCUGGCCUGCAUUGGUCAGUCCUGCCGCGGAAACACGAGGAGCUUAUUGCCCCCCACAUCGCCCCCAGCUUGGAGGACCCCAGCAUCCUAGCUUAUAUGUGGCGCACGUUUGUUUGGCCAGGCCUCCGGCUGGACUAUCGCGGAAACCCAGUCGUCUUCACCAAGGAGGAGAUGGAGAUGCAAGACGAGCCGUGGCACUAUGACGUGGCGGAGACCUUUUCUGAAAACAAAGAGUACCUCCCUGCGGGCAUGAAAUGA